AUGGUGCCCGGCGCCCCGUGUUUGUUCAACAUUAUACGCUUGAAACAAAACCGCCAUCUGAUAUCGCAUGAGGAUAUCAGUGGGCACCUGCAUUCCAACGGGAAAAACACGUUUGCCAAUGGGCGCCCUUACCGCGUCGUUCACGGACGCGGGACCCUCGCGGGCGAGGCGCUGCUCAAUGAGGAUCAAGCAGUAGAGAUUUGUCAUUCCUUGCUCCAGCGCCAGCCCACAAGAUCAAUAGGCUCUUUGAGCUCUACAACCACGACCGCCAUGAGAAGCUUUCGGUGGCGCCAGACGGGCGUGCAGCCCCUCCAGACUCAUCGGGAUGGAGAUCAUGUGAAGGACUGGCUGGGCGCAGCCCUCCGGGGCAUGGCACGAGAUGUUCGACGCACCGUGAUGACGAGAAAAGGAAGGCGCCAGUUUUGA